GACUCGAGACGUUCCCUAUCCGAGAGUGAGCCAUUGCUGGCUGAAUACGAAAAUGGGAAAACGAUGGAUUGAGUCUCUAUAGGCAUGCUGAUGUCAGCCAUGAUGUUGUUCAUACUAGGCAUGGUUGGGGCAGAAAAUGUGCUCCAGCUGUAUUUGCUGAAGCCCCCCCUGAGCUGGGACUCAAUUUGGGCCGGAUAUGGCAGAGCCGCCACCAGCGCCAUGUACCUGAGUAGUUUCAUAGGGGUCCUGGGUCUGUUCAAAGUGUUGGGAGACACAGCCCUCACUCUACUGGGUAUUGUGUCCAACUGUACUGAGAUGGCAAUCAUGGCAUUCACUGUAGAAAGCUGGGUCUACUUCCUGGCAAGAGGGAUCAUGAUGUUUGCCUGCGUUCCCAUGCCAACACUGCGAGCCAUGCUGUCCAAGAAUCUGCAUCCUCAGCAAUAUGGGCGAGUCUCUGGGCUGCUCCAGCUGGUUCUAGCUGUGACUGAUGUCUUAUCCAAUGUCUUUUUCACCUCCAUUUACCCACUAACUCUCGGCUGGUUCAGUGGCUUCUGCUUCCUCCUCUCCUGUGCUAUUAGUUACAUCAGUGCUGUCCCGAUCAUCUAUCGAAGUGGCAGAGACUUGAGACUUGGAUCCAUUUGAGAUGUUGAACACUUACAUGAAAAUGUGUCUGAUCUUAUUUUGAUUCAGUACUACGAAGCCCCUAAUGUGAUGACAAAAUAGGAUAAAAAAUUAUAUUUCAACGCUUUUGUGUUUGC